ACUCAAGUUACAAAUACCAUGAAAUUGUACUUAAGUGCAGUUCUUUAAUAAAUCUUCUCAGUUACUUUUGUGUUAUGACAUUUAUGAAUUACUAUGUUGAUAAAGUGAUGGUGACAAAAACACUGGAGCAGAAGAGUUGCACAGUGUGUCUGAGAUCAGAUGACUGGGGUACGAGAGCGAGGCAGGGACACAGAGCUGUGGUGGCGGAGGUAGAGAAGGUGGAGGCACGGAGCCAGGGUGGUGCAGGAGAUAGAGAGAGGAGAGAGGAGAGAGGAGGAUGAGUGGGAGGUGAGAAAUGCAGGCGGGCAGAGAUCCAGACAGUUAGGGACGUGCUCCAAACAGGCAGGUAGGGCAGCAGGCAGCCGGGAUGGAGUGGGAGCGAGCCGCCCAACACCCUGACCUCUGCUGAGUCAUUUUCUAAAGUGUUGCUGUGUGUGUGUGGGUGGCGGUUGUCGUGUGCAGCGGGACUCGGGACGCCCUGCGUUGUGUCGGACGGAUCUCAGAUCCAUAGAGCUCAAGGCUGAAGGACAGCUACAAGGACAGCCGGGCAGAAAAUAUGCUUAUUUCUCCAACUCUACUCGUACGGCAUGCACGGUCACACACUGUGCCUCCUCGCAGGGAGGACAAAGCCGGCUGAGAUGCUGACCUCAGGUCUUUUCUCUGACAACCCCCAAUGGAAUUUCCAGCAUCGGGUCACGACCCAUUGCAGAAGAAAACCUUCUUGCCUCCUGCAUCUGUUCGAUAAUGUGCCACCGUUUUAUUUAUUAAUUUUCGAAUGUUUCUUCUUCUCACUAUCAUCGCAGGGGGCUCUGCAGGUUUGAGCAGCAGCGUCCGACCCAGCCACCGCUCCCCCGGGCGACCCCGUGCAUCCAGCAGCGGCGGGGAGGGCAGUCCCAUCGUGAACGGGAUCAUCAUCAGCAGAAGCGGGGCCAGGGUCCGAGCUGUGAUGCCUGAUCACUGGGAGCAGGCCUUCAGUGAUCCAGGAGAGUCUCAUUACAUAGAUCGCAACCCGAAGACGAGCAGCUGGCAGAGUCCUCGAGCCUUAAGCAGGGAGACGGUCUACAAGAACGAAUGGUUCACGGAUCAGCCCGAGGAGCUCCGGGGUUUCCCCGUGCACACGCUUUUGACCAAGGGCUCCCGAGGGUUUGGUUUCAACAUCGUGGGGGGCAGCAGGCUGAGAGAGUUCCUCCAGGUCUACAGUGUGACGUCCAGCGGACCUUCAGCUCUCAAGACAGCGGACAUCCUGGUCUACAUCAAUGACGUCUGUGUGUUGGGGGUGUCUCACAAAGAGGUGGUGGAGAUGCUCAAGUCGGUGCCUGUGGGCCACAGUGUGGAUGUCGAGGUCAGAAGAGGGUACCCCAUGCUCUAUAACCCCGACGGCUGCCCCAAGCAGCCCCCGCCAAGGCUAAUGGACAGCGGGGAGCCCAUCCUGCCCCCCACCACCACCCAGCCUCACCAGCUACCUCGCCUCCCAACACCCACCCCCCAGCACUUCACCUUCAACGGAGUCCACAGCGAGAGGAGCUACAUGGAACCAGGGGUGACUCUGGAUGCGAAUGGAAACGCGAUGUCGUUCGCCAUCAGGCAGCCGCCUCCAUACCGACGCUCCAGUAUGAGCAACGCCGCCUCCUCGCCCCCCAUGCGCCCGCCUCGCUCCCUCAGGAGUUUAGCCAGGCUGCAGUCGCUGGACCAAAACCUGGCGAGCCAGAGUGACAGCGAAGUUGUUUCUGCGAUCGGCUCACACAGGGCUUCAAUGAUUCGUAACCACAACAACAACUCACUCUCAACACCCCCCCAUCCCGUACGAUACGGCACGUCCAAGUCAUCUGAGAGCGACCUGUCCACCUGCACCCUGUCAGGGUCCCGUCUGCCCCUGCCUCAGUCGCCCAGGAGGCCCGUGUCCUCGCCCUGCGGCCCCCGCGGCGCCCAGUCCCACGUCUUCAGACAGCAGACCUCCCACCUCAGGCCUCCUCCCUCCUCUGACAGCCCCUACCACCGUGGCAUCGGCGGUUUCCAUGGCAACACCAGCCCCACUGCGAGCCCCGGCAGUGUGUCCUCUCCCGGGGCGCUGAGUGUGGGCAGCGGAGGAGAGCUGGUGCCAGUGGCCUUGGCUCAGGCCGAGGGAGACAGAGGCCUCGGCUUCAGCGUGACGGCCGGCGGCCAGGGAGGCAGGAUGACGAUAGUGAAAAGAGUCUGGGACAGGAAGCAGUGCAACUCUCUGCAGCCAGGGGAUGCUAUUGUCAAAAUCAAUGGAGCUGAUAUCCAGAGUCUGAGCUUUUCACAGGUACAAACGGUUCUCCAGGAACACACCAGACAGGGAGAAGUCGUCUUACUGGUUUACAGAGGAGGCAUCUAUCACUCAGCCGUCUCCCCCGGCUCUGCUCGGAGACUCCCCCCGCCUCUCCUCCGCCCCCCUCCUCCACCUGUUGGCUCAGAUGACUCCAGUCUACUUCCAGAAACUCUGCCUUUGCCCCGCACCUCCAUGAGCACUCCUUCAUCUCCAGCCCGGACGCGUUCCUCGCUCGUUCAGAGCACCAGCUUCUUGGAGUCGAUUCCGGUGACCCUGACGAUGGAGCCCAAAGACUGGAUCAACACGGGCCUGGAGGACGAGGCGGGUGGCGUCACGGUGCCUGAUUCGGGUCUGGCGAGGCAGGGGGGUGAGCAAAUUCGACCACUGCGGGGGUUUGACGUGGAACUCAGGAGAAAGCCAGGAGAGGGCUUUGGGUUCGUCAUCGCCUCUCAGGAUGUGGAGAACGGCAAAGCUGCUUCUCUCCUCCCUCACCGGUUCGUGACGGUGCGUCGAGGCAGCCCAGCCGCCAAGAGCGGCCAGAUCCGACCCGGAGAUCGCCUGGAGGCGGUGGAGGGACGCUCCGUGGUGACGCUGCCUCAUCGGGAGCUCGCUCAGAUACUUCGCCGGGUGGGAAACUCGCUGAGGCUCACCAUCGUCCCCCGUCCAAGCACCUACUCCUCAAGCCUCUCAGAAACAAAUGAAUAUGACCCCACUCACAAAAGCAGAAAAGGUCAGAAGUCACGUCCAAAGCGGGACUCCAGAUAUUACAGCGUGGACCUGGAUCGUGGCCCCUCAGGCUUCGGCUUCAGCCUGCGGGGGGGCAGUGAGUACAACAUGGGCCUCUACGUCCUGGGACUGAUGGAGGGGGGGCCCGCCUCCCGGAGCCAGAAAAUGCAGGUGAGCGAUCAGCUUGUGGAGAUCAACGGGGACAGCACAGCGGGGAUGACGCACAGCCAGGCCGUGGAGCAGAUCCGCAGGGGAGGCCACCGCAUCCACCUGGUGCUCAAGAGAGGCAACGGCUACGUGCCCGACUAUGGCCAUGAGCGCAGAAUCGCCCCCCCCUCCCUCCUGCAUCACCCCAAGAAGCAGAGUUUGGCUGCAGUAGACUCCACUGGACAGAGGGGGCGCAGCUCCAAGCCGAAGAGGAGAAGCAGGUCUUCUGAUGGACGCGAGAAAGAAAAAGGGACUGAAAGGAGGAGGAGGAGAAGAGGGGCCUCAGAGGGAGGGGGACGCUCGGGUUUGCAAAGCCCUGUCUCCGAGUCGGGAGACAGGUCCCGGGACAGGAGGAGGAGGAGGAAAAGAGAGUCUCAGAGUUUACCCAGAGAUGCUCUCAGGAACCAUGACGAUAGUGACACGGAAAAGGGAACAGUGAGGGGGAGAAAAAAGGAGAGGGAGGGCAGGAGACGGAGGAGGAGUAGAAGCAGGGGGAGAAAAAGCAAGAGCAGGGAGAAGAAGAAAGAGGUUGAGAAGGAGGCGGAGGACGAGCAGCAAGUACCUGCUGUUGAGGAGCAGGUGGAAGUUAAGGAGGAGGAGGAGCAGGACGUACCUGCUGUUGAGGAGCAGGUGGAAGUUAAGGAGGAGGAGGAGCAGGACGUACCUGCUGUUGAGGAGCAGGUGGAAGUUAAGGAGGAUGAGGAGGAGAAAGUGGAAUUAGAGAGAAGAGCGAGUGAGGAGAAUAUUACCCUACCUAUUCCAAGUCCAAACCAAAAGCUUCCCAGACCCAAACAAAAGUGGGAGGCCGAGUAUGAGGAGAACUGGGACAUGGCAGCAGAGUACAGGGAGCUGAGGAGGCAGAAGGAGCUGGGGGCCGAGCAGGAGCAGGAGCAGGAGAGGUCAUGGGAGGACGACAGGGGUGAAACUAGAGACACGGAGAUGAGCAGGUUCGAACAGGACGACGAUGCACAGAGUGGGCGUUUAGAAAGGCCUCUACCCGGUGUUGCUGUGAUAGAUCCAGUGUCACAGAGAGAGCCCUUCUCCUUCCUCAACUCCACGCUGUCUGUGCAGCAGCUGGAGGACGAUGAGUCAGAGUACGGGGGCAGCCAAUCUGACAGCAGUGUGUCUGCUGCCAGUAUCUCGGGCCUCUCUCUGGCUGGCGGGCGCAGGGCUGUGGUGCUGCCAGGUCCGUGGCUCACACCCAGCCAGCAGAGGGCACCACAGGUCAUAGGGGGGAACAGGCACCCUGAAGGACAGACGAGGCAGAGAGGAGGAAGAGGAGGUGUCUCUUAAAGUAACACCAUGGAACUUGUUAACCUUGGAAUAGGAAGAAUGAUCCUUCAGUUCAGUGCAUGUCUGAAAGCAGCUUGAUUGAUAGUCACAGCUUAAAUUGUCAGAAUCCGACCCAGCAAGUUCAAGAGUCAUGCUGAACAGUAGUAAAAACAAUUUGAAGUCAUAUAAAAUAUGAAUAAUGCUGAACAGAGUUUGUUGUAUUUGUUACAGGGGAAGCCAGGGAUCAUGGGGAAUUUAACGUAAUUGCUCGGAGUGGCUGCAGAGGGCGCUGUGGCUCAGCUAAAGUUACCUGGUGUUGCUUUAACCUGAGACAGGAAGCAGAGCCACUGACACUGGAUCAGAUUCUGUCCAUCACACACUCGACUGGUUUUGUGCAGCUACCCUCACUACACCAACAGUUUCUCUCAGUCACUUUGAUAUCCACCGUAGUAUGAAGUCAUAUUCUUUGUGCCUUUUUACAGCCGACCUGCGGCUGGUGUCAACCGUCACUAUUACAUUUUCACAUGGUGAAGUUCUGUCUUUUCCACCGGUGACACAACCACAACCUUGUCUUUGUUUCUGAGGCGCCGCCGCCCUCGUUGUGUCGCUCUCCUCUCCUCACGUGAUAGAUAUUUCCAGGACGGAGACGUUUUCCCACACACCUUCCAUCCCCUCGCUCACCUUUCUGCUUCUCUCUGGCUACGUCAGCACAGUGUCCUCUCUCUCUUAACCCCCA